GAAGGUUGUGAAUAAGAGACUUUCGACUCAAGAGAAGCCUAUUUCAAAGGAACAUAGCGCAGGCAACAUAGCGUUUAUCUCCAUAUGAUAUCGGUAUGUAUUUUUCUAUAGUGUAUUAUAUUUACACUGUAAUAUAUAUUAUUUACAAAACCAAGCUCCUGAUCAAUAUACCACUGAACAUCAUAAGCAAAAGAAGGGUACGAAUCAAACCCCCAAUUGUGACACCAAUUGACUUGUGGAAAAAAGUGUUCUUCAAUGUGAACUACAAGGGAGUACGAGAUGUUGUGGAGGUGUACGGCGGCUAAUACAGUCUAAUAGACCUGCCUUUCAAUGCUGCAUUUGUCCAAUGGACCACGUUGGUAGACCAUCAACUAAAUAGUUUCAAUUCAU